ACCUUGCUGGAGUAUGCGGAAAAGUGGAAAACAUCAGAAGAUCCUCUGCCCCUGUUGGAGGUGUAUACAGUGGCUAUCCGAAGUUAUGUUAAAGCACGACCUUAUCUUACCUCUGAGUGUGAAAACGUAGCCUUUGUGCUCGAACGUUUAGCACUAAGCUGUAUUGAACUUCUGUUAUGUCUGCCCCUUGAUUUACCUGAAAAUAAAUGGGAAGAGUUUCAGGCUUUUGUACAGGUGGCUCAUAAAAACUUGAUGGAAAAUGGCAGCCGGGAACUGCAUAUUUUAACUACACUUACUCAAGAGAAGGGAGUGUGGAAGAACCCAGUCUUGUGUAGUAUUCUUUCCCAGGAGCAGUUGGAUCCCGAGAAAGUGAAUGAAUUUUUAGUGUUUGAAGGCCCUGUCCUGCUGGAUAUGCGUAUUAAACACCUCAUGAAAACAAAGCAAUUAAUACAAGCUACUGCCCUGGCAAAACUCUGCUCUGACCAUCCAGAAAUCAGUGCACAAGGCAAUUUCAAGCAAACCUACUUGGUCUGUCUUUGUUCAGGAUCACCAAAUGAAAAGCUAAUGGAGGAAAUUGCAGAAGUAGAUUGCAAAGAUGCUCUAGAAAUGAUCUGUAACCUAGAAUCUGAUGGAGAUGAGAAAAGUGCUCUAAUUUUAUGUGCAGCGUUUUUGUCUCGCCAACUUCAGCAAGGAGAGAUGUACUGUGCCUGGGAACUGACUCUUUUCUGGAGUAAACUGCAGCAAAGGGUAGAGCCUUCUAUUCAAGUGUAUCUAGAGAGAUGUCGUCAACUUUCUGUGUUAACUAAGACUGUUUAUCACAUUUUCUUCCUGAUCAAAGUAAUUAACUCAGAGAUUGAUGGUGCUGGACUUGCAACCUGCAUUGAACUGUGUGUGAAAGCCUUGCGCUUGGAAUCCAGUGAAAAUGCAGAUGUCAAGAUAUCUAUUUGCAAGACUAUUUCCUGUUUGCUUCCAGAUGAUUUGGAGGUUAAACGUGCUUGUCAGUUGAGUGAAUUUCUUCUUGAACCCACUGUGGAUGCAUACUAUGCUGUUGAAAUGCUCUAUAAUCAACCUGAUCAAAAGUACGAUGAAGAGAAUCUUCCAAUACCAAAUUCAUUGCGCUGUGAGCUCUUACUUGUACUGAAAACUCAGUGGCCUUUUGAUCCAGAAUUCUGGGACUGGAAAACUCUAAAGCGUCAGUGUCUGGCACUGAUGGGAGAGGAAGCAUCCAUUGUGUCAUCAAUAGAUGAACUCAAUGAUAGUGAAGUUUAUGAGAAGGUUGAGGAUUGCCAAGAAGAGACUAAAGAAACUUCCAUGAAUGGGUUUGCUGGCAGUUUUGAUGAAGCUACAAGCCUUCUUAAAGGUAUUAGAGAUGAAAAGCAGAAAAAGAGAGAAAUUAAAAAACUCAGAGAGAGAGGAUUCAUAUCAGCUAGAUUCCGGAACUGGCAAGCGUAUAUGCAGUACUGUGUGUUAUGCGACAAGGAAUUUCUAGGUCACAGAAUAGUUAGGCAUGCUCAAAAACAUUAUAAAGAUGGAAUUUACAGUUGUCCUAUUUGUGCCCAAAAUUUUAAUUCUAAAGAAAACUUUGUUCCCCAUGUAACUUUGCAUGUUAAAAAAUCCAGCAAAGAGAGACUGGCUGCUAUGAAACCGCUGAGAAGAUUAGGAAGACCUCCUAAAAUAGCAGCUACCAACGAGAAUCAGAAAACCAAUUCUGUAUCCAAACAGGAGCAACGACCCAUUAAGAAGAACAGUCUCUAUACAACAGACUUCAUUGUAUUUAAUGAUAAUGAUGGCUCUGAUGAUGAGAAUGAUGAUAAAGAUAAACCAUAUGUACCAGAGAUAGUGCCAGUUCAAAAGCCACUACCUGUUAAUGAAUUCACUUGCCCUGUAACGUUUUGUAAAAAAGGCUUUAAGUAUUUUAAAAAUCUAAUAGCACAUGCAAAGGGGCAUAAGGAUAAUGAAGAAGCUAAACGUUUUCUAGAAAUGCAAAGCAAAAAAGUGAUUUGUCAGUACUGUAGACGACAUUUUGUAAGUGUUACUCACCUGAAUGAUCAUUUACAAAUGCACUGUGGCAGCAAGCCUUACAUCUGCAUACAGAUGAAAUGUAAGGCUGGUUUUAACAGUUAUGCUGAGCUGCUAACUCACAGGAAGGAGCAUCAAGUCUUCAGAGCAAAGUGUAUGUUUCCUAAAUGUGGGAGAGUGUUUUCUGAAGCCUAUUUACUGUAUGAUCACGAAGCACAACACUAUAAUACCUAUACCUGCAAAUUCACAGGCUGUGGGAAAGUCUACCGUUCUCAGAACGAACUGGAAAAGCAUCUUGAAGAACACAACAAGCAGCCUGAAAAAGUGCAACAGCCUGAAGGCCAGACUAAUCAGUCUGGUCUUAGUCAACCUUCUAAAGCUAAUGAAAGUACUGAUGGAGUUGCUGUUAAAGAGGAAUCAGCAUCAGCUCCAGCUGACAACCAAAGUAGUUUUACUGAAGGAGAAAACUAUGUCUGGAAUGAAAUCAAAGCAGAACCGGUAGGGAGUGAAAGUGUAAAUACAUCCCCAAGUAUGCUGCAGCAAAGUGAUUCCUUGCCUAAUGCUGCUCCAGAAGAGGCUGCUGCAGGUUCAGUGAAGACGGAGGUAGCAAUUCCAGUGAGCAGUGUUCAGAUGCUUGCAGUUAACCAGAAGAUCCGAGAUAACUUUGUAAGAAGAGGUAAAUUGGCUGCUACUACCAGUAAAGUAGAUACCACUAAAUCUGGAGCCCAGCAAUUGUGCUCAACAGUUGAUUCUUGUCUUCCAGUUUUCCAAGAAAGAAAGGAAGAGAAUUGCCUCAAUCAGUCUAAGAAUGUUCAAAAUAUAUCUGUGAGUUCGAACACACUAAAACCAGAAGCCCUUGAAUCAAAAAGCUUAGAAGGGCAAGUAAACAUUGUAAACACACUUAGCAUGCAGAAUCAGGCAGGGUACCGAAACAGUGUUCCCAUUUCCAAACUUGAAAUUGAAGACAGUAUUAAAGCUGCAGCUAAUCUAUAUAACCUACCUUUAAAAACUUUAGAAAGUAUUACAUUUAUUCCAUCACAGCCUAGCAUAAAUAAUUCUUUAGUUCCAACUGUGUCACCAGCAGCACCAGUUCAGAAAUUUAGUUGUCAGGUUGAGGGGUGUACUCGAACAUAUAACUCAUCACAGAGCAUUGGCAAACAUAUGAAGGCAGCACACCCUGAUCAAUAUGCUACUUUUAAAAUGCAACGUAAAAAUAAGAAACCACGAAAAUCCAGCAAUUUACAAAACGUUGAAAACGAUGAAAAGAUUGUCUGUCUGAUGCCAUCUCAAGUGGGCAAUCCCAGUGGUGCUGCUUUUACUGCACAGAACAAAACUAAUUCGAAUCCCACCUGUUCCAGUCAAGCGCAACACCUCUCAAGUACACUUUUCCCAACUCACUUAGAAAAUUUGACCAAUCCUGUGUUGCCUGUAGUGGAAAGUGUUAUAAAUCCAAGUUUGUCUACUCGUAUUAAAAGUGAGCCUGAAAGUGUUUUAUGUUCACAAAUGGAAAAUCUGUCUGGUGUAACCUUGCCUUCCCAGUUGGAAGAUCUGGCAAAAAGAGUUAUGCCUCUGAAUAUUGAUGGCAGUUCAGAUCCUUUUCUUCCUUUGCCUGCAGAGAAUGGUCCAAUGUCUCUUUUUCCUUCGCCAUCAGAAAACGCCCCAAGCUCAGUCUUCUCACAACUGGAAAACAACACAAACAACUUUUCAUCACAAUUAGAGGGAAACAGCAAUUCUGCUUUCCCAAAAGAGGAAACUAUUGAUCAAUUGUUUCCUUCACGAGUGAAUAAUGAAAACAACUUCAGUGAAACCAGUUCUCAACAUCCAACUUCAGAAAAAGUGAAAAAGGACCGUGCCCGGGUUCCAAAUGGAAAAGAAAGGAAGCCAAAACAUAACAAGCGGGCAAAAUGGCCAGCAAUAAUUAGAGAUGGUAAAUUUAUCUGUAGCAGGUGUUUCCGAGUUUUUACUAAUCCUCGAUCACUUGGUGGUCACUUAUCUAAGAGGUCAUAUUGUAAGCCUCUUGAAGGAUCAGAAAUUUCUGCAGAAGCUCUGCAAGCUAAUGGACAGUCUUUGCUUGCUAGUAUGAUUCUUUCCUCAAAUUCAUUAAGCUUGCAGCAACCCCAGGAGCCUACUUUCAAUCCGGAAUUAUGCUUUAAAGAUCCAGCAUUCCUGCAAUUGCUUGCAUCUGAAAAUCGUUCUACGGCCUUACUGCAGACCAUGUUCCCACGGGCCAGUGUGCCUAACUUUAAUACCAGUGGAAAUGAGGAAGGAAAUCAAAUUAUAAAACAAGCUUUGGAAACCGCAGGCAUUUCAAGUACCUUUGAUACCACGGAGGUACUUCCACAUAUAGUUACAACAAGUUGCGUCACUGGUACAACUCAAAUAAAUGCAGCUGUUCUUCCCAAUUCAACCAUGUCACCUCUAUUGCAGACAGUCUGCAACCCAAGUACUCUGCUAACAGACCAAAACAGGACCCUCAAUACCAAAAUUCCUUCAGUAAACGAGUGCAAGAGUUUGCCUGUUUUUGCAACAGAUGAUUUAAUGCUGAAGACAAUUGAAAAUGGCCUAUGCUCUAGCUCAUUUUCUAAUUCUGCUGCAGCAGCACAAACCUUUGCAGGGAACGCUUCACGAGUUUCAGUUAUAAGUACUCCCAAUAAUUCAGUAUCAAAUAACUCAAAUAAGAAGGGAACCAGUGCUUCAAAGAGGAAGAGAAAAGCAACUACACCCUUAGUUGCACCAAACAUAGCACAGAAAGUAGCAGUAAAUAAUAUAACAACAGGACUUCUAGCCAAAAGCUCUGAAGGAAACAUGGAAACACAGGGAGAUAAUUUUCAGUCCAACUUGGUAGCAAAUUGUGAUUCCCAAGCAGUGGCAGAAAAUCUCACACAGAAACUCAAUAAUGCUGACAAUCAGUUAUUCGUGGCCAGUGUCAAAGAGAACUUCAGAACAAACCUUGAGACUCGUACAACAUUAACAGUGAAAGCUGAAAAUGGGGAUUCCCAAAUGAUGGCUACAAAUUCUUGUGUGCAGACCAAUUCAGAGGAGCAGAUUUCAGAAGACAAUGUUAUUCAGAACUUUGAAAAAACUCUUGAAAUAAUUAAAAGUGCCAUGAAUUCACAGAUGCUUGAGGUGAAAACUGAGGUUCAGGAUACUGGCACUGCUUCGGGACAGAAUUUGCAAGUAAAUAACACACAAACUUCUUCAGGAAAUUCUUCAAGUAGUGUGCUGUUACCCGCUCACACACAGUUUGCAGUGCAUUCAGGGAAUGUCACUGCUGCAAAGACUAACUCUACUCAGUCUGAAACAUCUCAAAAAGUUGAUAAUCAAAUACUGGAAAUUUUGGAGGGCUUACAAAAACUGAAACUCGAAAAUGAUUCAUCCAUUCAGGUCUCUGAGAGUGUUUGCCACUGUCCCCCAGCAGAUACUCUAGCACCAGCAGUUCCCGUUGUACCAGUUGAAAACAAGCCCCUCGUCCAGAUAUCUUCAGAAACGAUUAUUCACUUUAGUGACAAAGUUAAUAAGCCUUUUGUGUGUCAGAAUCAAGGUUGCAACUAUAGUGCAAUGACAAAAGAUGCAUUGUUUAAACACUAUGGCAAGGUUCAUCAGUACACUGCAGAAAUGAUACUGGAAAUUAAGAAACAUCAGUUAAAGUACGCCCCAUUCAAGUGUGUUGUUGCUAGUUGUCCAAAGACAUUUACGCGAAACUCUAAUCUCCGAGCACACUGCCAGCUUGUACAUCAUUUUACAACGGAAGAGAUGGUAAAAUUAAAAAUCAAAAGGCCUUACGGCAGAAGGUCUCAAAAUGAAAUUGUAAACACAACUUCACAACCUGUUGAAAUAAAUUUGCAGACACUAAUAACAGAAAACAAAACUGCACCUCCGUUGGACAAAGAAGGUCAGAUAAAGGAAGCUCUAGAGCCUGUAAAUGUCUUGGAAAAGUUACUACCUGAGAAAAAUAUUCCUGAAAAACUGGAAACGCCUCCCCAGGUGAUUUCCGUUCCAUUGGAGCAGCAUAACGCAGACACUUUCGGUAACGCAGAGGCAAAAGUACACAAAGUUAGGAGGCACAGGAAAGAAAAAGAUGAGAGAAAACGUCGGAAGCCCGUAACAAAACCUCUGGAGUUUCCAACCAGAUACAGUCCUUACAGACCAUAUCGAUGUGUCCACCAGGGCUGCUUCGCAGCAUUUACAAUUCAACAAAAUCUAAUUCUUCAUUAUCAGGCUGUGCACAAAUCAGACCUUCCUGCCUUCUCUGCUGAAGUGGAGGAGGAGAGUGAGCCAGGUAAGGAGGAACGUGAGGAGACUGAAACUAAACCCACCAUCAGAGAAUUCAGGUGCGAGAUGAGUGACUGCUCCCGAAUAUUCCAGGAGGUUCCUAGCUUGAUACAGCAUUACAUGAAGCUUCAUAACAUGACCCCUGAGCAAAUCAGAAACAUGAAACCAGCUCCAGAGGCAGGAAGAUUUUCUUGUGAUCAGUCUCAAUGUAAAUCCUCAUUUACAGUGUAUUUCAACUACGUUACACAUCUUGAGACAGAUCAUGGUGUUAAGAUAAGGCCAAACAAGGUAGAAGAUGAUGGUGUAUUCAAGUGUGAUUGUGAGGGCUGUGACCGUAUUUAUGCUACUAGAUCUAACCUCCUGAGGCAUAUUUUUAAUAAACAUAAUGACAGGCAUAAAGAUCAUCUCAUAAGACCCAGAAGGCUGACACCAGGUCAGGAAAACAUUUCAAGCAAAGCAAACCAGGAGAAACCAGUGAAGUCCAAACAGAGAGGACUGAAAAACAAAUCAGGAAAGGAAAGUAGCAGGCUGCCGGAGAAAACAAAACGAAAGAAAAACGUUAACUUGGAAAACAAAAAUUCAAAACCAAUGCAAAUUCAGGAAAAUAAGGCUUAUUCACUGAAACGUGGAAAGCACGUGUUUUCUAUAAAAGCUAGAAAUGAGGCAUUAUCUGAAUGUACAAGCAGAUUUGUUACUCAGUAUCCAUGUAUGAUAAAAGGAUGUUCUUCUGUAGUUACAAGCGAAAGUAACAUCAUAAGACAUUACAAAUGCCACAAAUUGUCCAAGGCCUUUACUUCACAACACAGAAAUCUUCUCAUUGUAUCUAAAAAGCACUCUGUGCCAGAAGUAAAAGAAGUACCUUGUGAGCAAGAGGAGACUGACAAAGAAAUUGAUGUGGAAGGAACAGAACCAAGUUCGGUAGUAAGCAAUAAUGAUUCAAGCACACCGACGUUACCGCAAAAAGAAACUGAGAAAGGUGAGAAGGAUGAAGUGGAUGAACUAACAGAACUCUUCAUUACUAAACUGAUUAACGAGGAUUGUUCAAGUGCUGAAAAUCAAGCAAAAAUAUCUUCCAGUGUAAAUAAUGACUCGCAGGAGACCAACUCCUGCCCCUCAGAGAAGCAAAAAUCAAACAACUUAAAAAGAGCAAACAAAGAAAAAAAUGUAUCUCAGAAUAAGAGAAGAAGAACUGAAAAAGCAGAGGAGGUGCUGCCUGCUGAAGUGAGUAACCUGCACAGGGAGGAAGAGACUGCAGUUGCUAUUCAGACAGCCGAAGAGCAGCCUGCAGCUUUUGACUGGAGUUCAUUUAAGCCUAUGGGUUUUGAAGUUUCAUUCCUCAAGUUCCUUGAAGAGUCUGCUGUGAAGCAAAAGAAAAGCACUGAAAGAGACCACCAUAGCAGCGGAACCAAAAAAGGAUCUCAUUCAAACACACGAAAAUCUAACGAGAAGACCUCCUUAGCAACAAGUAAUAAUGUCACUUGGUCAUCUUCUGCAGCUGAAACCUUUGUACAGUUUGCCAAUCCAUCACAGCUUCAGAGCUGUGAUAAUGUAAAGAUAGUUUUAGACAAGACUUUUAAAGACUGCACUGAGCGUGCGUUGAAGCAACUUCAGGAAAUGAGACCUACCGUCAAUUUGAGAAGACUUGAUGAACACUGGGAAAAUGAUCCAGAAGUUACAGCUGCAAAAGAAAGAAAGGGUAAUGAGAAGGGCAGUCAAAACUGAAACCCUAAUGUGUGUAACCAUUACCUGUAAUAAAGUUUAUUUUGAAUAGGAAGCCAUCACGCAUGCUAGUAACUGUCGAGCUCUUUUAUUUUGAGGUGGUUUAAUCUAGAGAAAAACAUGACGUUUGUCAUGUAAAUUUUCAGUUGUUUUUAUCCCUAUGGGACUUGAAGAACAGAAUAAUUGCUUCAGCUUUGUAAAUACUUGAUCAGAACCUCAACUUUCUAUCAAAUUGUCCUUUCCAUGAACUAAAUCUUUGUGAAUUGUCUGUGAUUGGUAUCUUUCACCAGGUCACUGCUCAUGUACAACAGUACUCUUUAUUUGUAGAUACAUUUUUUUUUGUAUAUAUUUAUUAUUGUAAAUCAUUUGCUGCCACCAGCAGUCUGUAAGUCUAAACUAUUAAAUGACACAUUUAUAUUCAGAAUUUUAAUUGUAACUAAGUGAUCAAGUUUUUAAAACUGUCCUUUAAUCAUUUUAAAUUAAGACCUUUUGAACUAAAACUAGUUAAGUCUCCCAUAUCCAGUUUAUUUUGCGUAAAGCAUUUAUUUACAGGAGAGGAGCUGGAUAAGAUCACACUUCAUAGGUCCAACAUACUGACACACUCAUUUUUGUACAUUUUAACAUGCAGUAUCUACGGAUGAUACUCACGUGUAGUUAACUCAUAAAUAUAAUAGUUUUCUUAUAGCUACAUUUUUUCAUGGCUUUUAAUUGGAUACAAAGCAUUUAUGAUUCCAUAAUAAAAAAUGGAAAUGUGAAUAAAAUAGUUUGCUACAUCGGAGAUUUAAAACAAUAUUUGGUAUUAAAGAAUCCAUUGUGAAUGUGAUAGAAAAUUAGUAGUGUGGAGCAGUGUAUAUAUUUGAGGUGGUGAUUUGUGAAGUAGCCCAGUAUUGCCUUAAAUAAAAUCACAUUUCAUUUCUUGUUUUAUACAUGUGAUCUUAUAAAGGUUAUUUUUGUUUCUGUAACUUAGAUUGGUGUAUAGUUUAAUUUUUGUUAAAAAAUCAAAAAAUCCAAAAACAAACCUUCAGAAACCGUUUCUGUAAAUAGUGGGUUUAUAAAACAGAUGGUUUAUUUUGAUAAUACCAGUUUGGUAUCUAUCUAUAAAACGCGUGAGUCCUUACCGUCAAAAACUGAAUAAACAAAGGCACUUUCUGAAAGGGAAGUGAGAUUGUGAUCUUACAGAUACGCUCAGUGGUUGUGCUCUCUUGAUGGCACGGGCUCUCCCUGCACUCCUUUGCCCCUUGCUGACUGUUUGGCACCGCUUGUGCCACCUCUGUCUUUUCCACACUGGAAGGAGCCCCCAGAGCAGUGCCACGCGUAGCACUUGGCUUCGGGGCGCUUCCUCUGUAUGCUGCUAACUGACAUGGCGGGUGUCCGGUUUGUUGAGUAACCAAAAGAGCAAAUGUGAUAAUGGGAGCUGUCGGUAUCUAGGGAUCUGUGGCAUUGUUGUUGGUAUGCGAUUGUGCGCGGCUCAGAUGGGACAAGCCAGCUGGAUUGUGCGGUACCAAAAAUUUCUCUUGGAUUAUUCUCAUACUGGAUGUGACCUACCUUCAGUAAUAUAAAAUAGUCUUUAUCUUCAGAGAGACUGGCUUGCAUUUUUUUUUCUAUAAAUUUGUCUUGCCAUGUAAAGCUUUGCAUUAAAUGCUUCACCUGAUUGAUUGUUUUUAAACCAUUCACCUGGAAUCUUUGAUGGUUGACUUGAAGAUCAAUUCAGAUGGCAGGCUUUUACAGCAAAACAAAGGGACUGGUUUCAAGAGUGAUGAUUUUGUAUGAAAAAGCAAGAAGGCAGCAGCGUUUCAGCCUCGGAAAUAGGUCUUCUUUUGCUCUCUGGUGCUAAGUUGUAUGCCUUUUUACAAAGCAUUUGCUUCCUUCUGUACAGGGUCCAUUUGCUCAUGUAAACUUCAUCCCUGUUGAGUGAUCAAACUCUACCAGGUUAGCAAAUCAAAGGUACAAUCUGAAAAUGGUAAAAGCAGAAUAGAUGCUGUGUUUUCAUAGAAUUGUAGGGGUUGGAAAGGACCUCCAAGAGACCAUUGAGUCCAACCUCCCUGCUAAACAAGGUUUCCUACAAUAGGCUGCACAGGUGGGAAUCUGGAUAUUUUCUCUAGGAGAGAUCAUAACUGCAUGGUGCCGUGUGCGGGGGAGGGGACCACGUUGGGAGCUGCACUGGAGAUCUGCUGUCCUCAGAAGUACCUGAGGGUAAGAGGAUGCCCACAGACCCCUCGAUUGUUCAUUUUUGGAAGACCAGUUCAUCACUUUUUGUGUUACGUAAAUCAGUGUAUCCAACAGAAACAUUCCCAGUUACAGUUACUGCAGGAUUUGUCCUUUUUAGACUGAGAAUAGCAUAAAACUGAUUAGGCACAUAAUGUUACAGUAGGAUGCCAUUUCAGAAAAAUAAAAUGUAGUGCCAUACACAUCCAGGACAUAAGUUCUAAUUCUGAUCUGAGUGUAGAAUCUGAAUUACUGAGAAUGAAAUUUUUAACAUUCUAUUAUUGUCAUCCCAAUCAAUUCACAUUUUUUAGAACCAGUAUAGUCAUUGCCCCUCGUAUCACGUUCCCUGUUAGAUGGAUACCGAUGGCCUGUUCAACAGGUAAACCAGUGUGGUAUUUUUCCUUUAAAACAAGUAAGAUUUAAAUAAGGGGCUGAAGGGAGGGUUCACUUUAAGAUCUCAUGGAGUGCAGAGGGUGUUGUAGUUUGGUAAAGCCACCUGCAGAAGUUCUCGAUGAGACGCAUUUCCUUGGUACUUGCAUUUGGGUGUUUCACUACGAGCGAUGUGUGAUACCUUUGUACAUGCUGUACUGACAACUCCUGCAGACCCACACCCCAGUCCUGCCCAUAGGAUGGGAUUCGGGAUGGUGGCACCUCUUCAACCCAUGGGGUACCCCAGCAACAUCCAGCCCCCCUCUCCCCACAUUCUUCCUCCCUCUCUCUCCCCAUUACCUGGGGCCUUGCAGCUCCUGCUUCCCCUCUGCUGGGCCCAGUUUGGCUCUGGCUGGUGCCUCAGUAUGGAGGGGUGACAGGGUACAGGAGGUGAGGGACGAGGGGAAAGCCAUCUGCAGACAGGGAAGUACUUAUCUUCCAUGAUGUUUUUUUUCCAACUUCAUCUCUCAGAAGGUGAGAUUACCUGGGUUUUAAAGGACACUAGGAUUUACAUAAGCUUUGGAUCUUUUUAAUGUUUGCAGAGAUGUUUUAAAAUACGAAUGAGGUAAAUAUUUUUGUAUGAAUGUGCACUGAGCUAUUAUGGUAUUUUUCCAUUACAGUUGAGGGCUCAGGUCAGCUUUGUAGCAGCUACUGUGUGUUUAAGGAAGCAGUACUUUUAGCCUUCAAAAAUGAAAAAACAGCAUUUGAAUUGAAAACUUUGGCAUUUUGUCUGUACAGGUGAUGUAGAAGUCGAAUACAUUUUAAAAAUCCCACUGACUUUUAGUUUAGGACUUGAGGUCUACAAACUCAACGUGAGCCAAAAAUGGAAGCAUGAACGACUAAGGAGAUGGAGGGGUGAGUGAUGUGGGCUGGAGGAGGAAGGGGCAUACAGGUGGGAAAAGGCUGGGACGAACCAGGCUGAGAGCAAAUGCUGGACAAAGAGCGAGGGUGCCAAAAGCAGACAGGUUUCUGUUUUCUCAUUAAGUAAAAUCUGGCACAGCUGCCAUCUGUGAUGCUUGUUUCCUUUUUGUUAGCUCUGCUAAAUGCAGAUUAUGGUUAGCAAUGCAGCUAAUGAUGUAAAACCACCUGGCUGUUUGCUGCCAGUGAGUCAGGGCUCACGGAGACGGUCCAGAAUACUUUCCUGGUAUAUUUUCCAUAUGAAGUACUGGUUGAAUCGAAACCGAAAUGUCCUUUGAUAUGGGAAAUUAUGAAAUGGGAAAUUAUCAUUUCAGGACUGUUCAGGAUAGGAAUUCAGAACAUUUCAGGAUAGGAAUUAGUGAGAAAUAAAACCUUGCGUAAGUACUCCAAAACUACUUUUUCAUUGAUGUGCUGCUGUCUCAGAUCUGUCUUCAACAAUUAUGAAAUAGUCCUUAUGGAAACACUGUUUUUGCCUUGAUAGUGUUGCCAUUGUCUUAAGAAACAAUACCUUAGGGUAUGAAAGGAACAAGUUAAUGCUCAUUUUCUUACCAAAACUGACACAGAGCUGAUGGGCAAUAGUUUUCCUUCAUGCAGUUCUUGAUGGGUAUUAUGUAGUAGCUGUGAAGGCUUCUAGUUGCAUUUCUAUCCCAAGCCAUUCUGUGUAUGUGGAGCUUUAACAGAAAAUAUUGGGAGUUUUGUAAAGCACAUUGUCUCGACACACACACUGGUGCAGCACCGUGCGAGAUGUAACACUAACUGGCCACAAGCCGGUAUUGGAGGCUGCUGUCACUAAGUGCAGCAGCAGAUGGGUAUUUGUGUUUCUUAUGCAAUUAAAUUUAUUGUAGAAAUAAAGGAGAAAGG